GGGAAGGGCCGGGGCGGCCCGGCUGCGCUGCCCGGGCCCCGCCGAGCGCCAUGAGCGGGGCCGGCCCCGCGUCCCCCGGCCGCGGCGGCCCCGCGGCUCCGCCGCCCGCUGACAGGAGACGGGACUCUCCGGCCGCCGGCUCCCCGAUCCAGCCCAUCAUAAAGGAUCUUGGGGAAGUCUAUUCAAGACUGCUGGAUCACCGACCAGUAAUUCAGGGAGAAAUACGUUACUUUGUUAAAGAAUUUGAAGAAAAACGUGGCCUCCGAGAACUGCGAGUACUUGAAAAUCUAAAAAAUACUGUCUUUGAAACAAAUGAACGUGUUCUGCCAAAGUGUGAGCAGGCAAUGCAAGACAAUUUGAGUGAAACCUUCAAGAGAUUGCAAGCUGCCAACGCUAUGAUCCAUAGACUCCAAGAGAGGGAGUUGGAAGUGAGAAAGCUUCAGGCAGACAAGGUGAUGGCUCGAGAGGAGAAGUGCAUUGCCCACUGGGAGGAGUUCAUGAAAGAGCAGCAGAACAAACGUGUGGAGGUGGACGAAGAGCACAGAAAAGCUAUGGAGCGCCUCAAAGAGCAGUAUUCUGAGAUGGAGAAGGAACUGGCCAAAUACGUUUCUUUUUAAGACCUUUUUUAAUAAUGCUGGAUUUGUGCCAUGCUCAGUUGCUUCUGACUUAAAUUGAGGUUCUUUUGGAAAGCUGAAGCUGAUAGAAAAAAGGAGAAUUUCCUCUACUGCCUUGGUACGGGAAGAAAAGAUUUGCAUACUUUCAACUUAAGUGCCUAUCUAUGCUUUUUUGGUUCAGGGCAGGUGGAAUGCCAGUAUUUGUUGGAAGUGUAACUGAAAACUGUGUGACUACAUCAGCUCAGGGAGUUGCAAACUGGAGUUCUCUCCCAUCAGCAGAGUAUCGUAUCAUUUGGGAAAACAGAGACUAAUGUAAUAUCAACUAUCCUGGUGUGGAGCCACAGCCCUUUCCCAAAAAGUAGGUUAAUAGAUUCCAGCCAUAGUUAGCUGAGAAUUCACUGGGAAAACUCUGUAUUCUGCUCAAAGAUUUCAAGAAAAUAAACUUGUCUUAUGGAGUAUUUUACUUUGAAGAUUAACCAGUGGAAGAUCGCAACACAAUUUUAAAUCCAAUUGUAAUUCAAACUUUUGGGUUGUAUGUUCAGUAUUAUGGCAUAGAGUUGCAAUUUGAAUGGUUUUUGUUAACAUAAAAAUUGUAAAGUAAGCUUGGUCAACAAUUCCUUUUUUUUUUUCUCUGUAAAUCUCUCAGGCCUCUCUUUUUAAGCUUUACUCUUCUAAGCAAAGCUAAAACAAGCUAAAAAAGUGAUCAUGAGAAAGCAUAUCAGUCUUUGUAUUAGCUUUGUAGCUAGUACAGGUUUACUUAAAUAUUUAGCAUGCUGUUGGUUUACUUAGGAUAAGCUUGUCAGAAAUUUAUGAAGCAAUUGAGGUAAGAUUUUUGUUUCUUUAUCAGAAUAACAAGUGAGCAGAUUAGUGGUUAAAUGCCUGUAGUACUGAUCUGCUUUCUUACCAGCUUGUACAGCAUACAUGAAAUCCAUUCCUGCACUGCUUUCCUUUAUCCCAAACUUGCAGUUACCAGCAGUGUAACUGAAGAAGUUAACUUAAUCAGUUCAUUAACCAAGGAAAAUGAGACGUAGUACCUUAAUGAAAUUUGCUGCAAGCUAACCGUUAGUGCAGGAAAUAUCUUUCCAUAAUUUAGUUGGUGUCCAAUGUAGAAUGGAAACAGGUAAAAAUAAACAGAAUUUACGCAUUACCUGUAUUGCAGCAGUAAUAUACCAACAAGGGUUGCUUGUGUAGGUUUAUGGCUUGGUUUCAAGGCUCCAUUCCUGGCAACAUUUUGAUAGUGUGAUUAAAGUUAGUAGAGAAGAUGGAAUAAGUAUUUGAGAUUUCUUUCAAUAACACUGAAUUUCUGCCAAGCUGCUCUGCCUGCUACCGUAGACCCAACAGCUUCAUCAAUCAUCAUCGUGUAUCUGGACUGAAAAGAGGAUUUGCCAACACUGGGGCACACUGGAAUGUUGUUAAUUCUCUGUUCUGAAUGGAAAAAACAUAGAUGUCUCAAAAGGAUCCCACACAUGAAAAAUAGGAAAGCCUAUUUGUGAACAACUCCUGUCUGAAUAGAGGGUGAUUUCUGUUAGUUUGUGUACCCGUGAUGAAUGUUGUAACUAAGCUCUGACUUUUCAUUUAAAAAAGAAAAAAAUAGUCCUUGCCUGUCUUUAGAAUUGGGUGUGGAAUAGUUUUGUUUGGAGCACAGACUGGAAAUGGAUUCUCUUACCAGAUUAUUUGAUGUAUACGUGCUCAAAGCCUAAAUAUCUUUGUAACAGAACACAUUUAACUGUAUACUGAAUUAAUUUUUAUUUUUGCACUGAUUAUUUUUAUUAAGAUUUAGAUAUCUAAUUAACUGUGCACUGGAGCUGUAGGUUUUAGUAUUUCAUCAGUUUGAAGGCUCAUAAGCAAUGAUGCAAGUGUUAUAAGUUGGAUAUUCACUGGAAAAUAAAGUGGUAUGUCCAAAA